AUGGCGUCAGAGACGCUUCACACCGUUCUAGGUCCCCCAAUUGAAGAUCCGGAUGAAGAAACCUUUCUGUUAUUCAGUCAGGAACUCCCCAGCAACAGUCUGGGCUUUGUCGAUUCCCACGUGGACACCCUCCAAUAUGAAAUUGCCGGUCGCACUUACGUUGUGCGACAGUCACCAGGUCUCCUAACCUCUACCAGAAGCAGAGGUACCACAGGAGCCGUACUGUGGAAGAUCACUCCGCUACUGGCUUCGUGGCUGGCAUCCUUACCUCCUCUGCUCACUAGUAUCCACGCUCUUCACCCGGAUGCAACUAUUGUUGAGCUGGGCUGUGGACUGACUGGUUUGAUCGGUCUGGUUCUUUCACGUAUGGUGAAAUGUUAUAUUCUCACCGACCAGGAAUAUGUCAUGAAACGCUUGAAGGACAAUAUAUCUGCCCAUCCAGUAAGCAGCCCAAAGCCAGGACCAAAACAAAUGAAGAAGGGGGAUUCUACCAAGCCCGGCCAGGAGCAGGUCCUCAAGACGGUUCCACUCGACUGGGAAACUGACGAUGCUGAGAAUCUGAAAUGCGUCAUAUCCCCGGAAGCCUCCAUCGAUCUCUUGCUUCUUUGCGACUGUGUUUACAAUGACUUUCUUAUCCCACCACUUGUCCAAACAUGUGUGGAUAUCUGUCGUUUAGGAUCCUCACAGACAAAGCCCACCGUGGUGCUGAUAGCUCAACAACUCCGGUCUGAUUCCAUCUUCGAGUUGUUCUUGGACAGGAUGAUGAAGCAUUUUAACGUGUGGCGGGUACCGGAUGAGAAGAUAUCUGUGGAGCUCCGUUGUGGUUCGGGCUAUGUUGUCCACAUGGCUACAUUGCAAGACUGA